CGAAAUAUAACAUAAACAAUUAUGAGUGGAAUGAAUUUUACAGAUAAAGUUGAAAAGGCUUUAGCCAAAGCUCAAGCCUUAGCUCGCGACUUCGGAAACUCUCAGAUUAUGCCCGCACAUAUCGCCUGUGCUUUAUUGGACGAAACUGAAGAGACACCAUUAUUCAAGUCGAUUAUUGAAAAAGCUGGUGCUGAUCCCGGUUUAGUUGAAAGAGAAUAUAAGCGUAUACUUGCCAAGUUGCCUUCCCAAGACCCUGCUCCUGUGGAAGUCUCUAUUGGUCCACAAACCGCAAAGUUGUUACGUUCUGCUGAAAAACACAUGAAAGAUCAAAAGGACUCAUUUAUCUCAGUCGACCAUAUCAUCCUUGCAUUUUCUGAAGACGAUGCUAUGUUCAAGCCCCUAAAAGACGCAGGUAUCACGAAAAAGUCUCUUCAAUCAGCUAUUGCCCAAAUUCGUGGUAAUCGUCGUGUCGAUUCUAAGAACGCUGAAGAAGUUUAUGAAGCUCUUUCAAAAUACGCUAUUGAUCUUACACAGAUGGCUCAAGCUGGUAAAUUAGAUCCUGUGAUUGGCCGUGAUGAUGAAAUUCGUCGUGUUAUCCGUGUAUUAGCUAGACGUACAAAGAAUAACCCUGUCUUGGUGGGUGAACCUGGUGUUGGUAAGACUGCAAUUGCUGAAGGUUUAGCUCGCCGUAUUGUGGAGAGAGAUGUUCCUCAAUCUCUACAAUGUAAGCUCUUCUCUUUGGAUAUGGGUGCUCUUAUUGCUGGCGCCAAAUACCGUGGUGAAUUUGAAGAACGUUUGAAGGCUGUUCUCAAGGAAGUCAAGGACUCUAAAGAAGGUGUUAUCUUAUUUAUUGAUGAAAUCCACACUGUAUUGGGUGCAGGUAAGGCGGAAGGUUCUAUGGAUGCUGCCAACUUGCUGAAACCCAUGUUGGCCCGUGGUGAAUUACGUUGUAUUGGUGCUACCACUAUCACUGAAUACCGUGAAAUUGAAAAAGAUCCUGCCUUUGAGCGUCGUUUCCAAAAGGUGGAUGUUGGCGAACCUUCUGUGCCUGCUACUAUCUCUAUUCUUCGUGGCCUCAAGGAACGUUAUGAAAACUAUCAUGGUGUCAAGAUUACGGAUGCUGCUUUAGUCCAUGCUGCCCAACUUUCAGAUCGUUAUAUCACUACCCGUUUCUUACCUGAUAAGGCCAUCGAUUUAAUUGAUGAAGCUGCUGCAAAUACUCGUGUCCAACUGGAUUCCAAGCCUGAAGAAAUCGAUGUUCUUGAGCGUAAGCGAUUCCAACUUGAAAUUGAAGCCAAGGCUUUGGAAAAAGAAAAGAACAACAAGGAUUCUAAGGAGCGUCUACAAGCUGUCACUGAAGAAAUUGCUCGUCUUGACGAAGAACUGAAGCCUUUGAAACUCAAGUAUGAAAUGACAAAGGGUCGCCUUGAUCAAAUCCGUGAUUUGAAGCAAAAAUUAGAUGAUCUCAGAUCAAAGGCUACUGAAGCUAAGAACCGCAAGGAUAUUGACACUGCUGCGGAUAUCGAAUUCUAUGCUAUUCCUGAUGUUGAACAACGCAUUGCAGAACAACAAGCCCAAUAUCAACGCAAGAUGAGUGAAGCUGCUGCUAAUGAAAACCCUGACAACACUAUCUUGUCUGAAGUGGUUCGUCCUGAGCAAAUCAUGGAGGUUGUUUCUCGUUGGACUGGUAUUCCUGUCCAAAGCUUAGCCAAGACUGAACGUGAAAAGCUCUUGUCAAUGGAAAUUGAAAUUGCCAAGAAGGUGGUUGGUCAAGACACUGCAAUUAAGGCUAUUUCCAACGCUAUUCGUAUCUCCAAGGCUGGUCUUCAAGAUCCCAAUAAACCUUUGGCUUCCUUUAUGUUUCUGGGUCCUACUGGUGUUGGUAAGACUUUGCUCUGCAAGACAUUGGCUGAAUUCUUAUUUGAUGAUGCCCGUAACAUGAUUCGUAUUGAUAUGAGUGAAUUGAUGGAACAACACAGUGUUGCUAAGUUGAUUGGUGCUCCUCCUGGCUAUGUUGGACAUGAAGAAGGUGGUCUCUUUGAACAAGUCCGUCGUAAGCCUUACUCAGUGGUCUUGCUUGAUGAACUUGAAAAGGCCCACAAGGACGUCGCUAAUGUUCUCUUGCAAGUACUUGAUGAAGGCUUUAUUCAUGAUUCCAAGGGUCGUAAGAUUGACUUCCGUAACUCUAUCAUUGUCAUGACUUCUAACUUGGGUUCUGGUCUCUUAAUUGAUGAACAUGUUGGCGACACUAUUGUCUUGAAGGAGAAGAUUUUGGAAAUUGUUCGUCAACACUUUAGUCCCGAAUUUACAAACAGAAUUGAUGAAUUGGUCAUCUUUAACCGUCUUACACAAAACAACAUUGUUGGUAUUGUCGAUGUCCGUCUUCAAGAAAUUCAAGAACGUAUGAAUGAUCGUCGUAUUACUCUGCAAGUCUCUGAACCCGCUAAGCAUUGGCUCGGUACUCAUGGCUAUGAACCUAUCUUUGGUGCUCGUCCAUUGAAUCGUCUCAUUCAACAACGUAUCUUGAAUCCUUUGGCCAAGUUAAUUCUUGAUGGUGGUAUUCGUAAUGGUGAAGUUGCCCAAGUAGAUAUCAAUAGUGAAGGUGAAGUUGAUAUCCUUCGUAACCAUGAAAGCGAAGCUGGCUAUAUUGAAGAACCAAUGGACGAAGAUAAUGAACUUGAUAUGGACUAAGUCUCUUUUUUUUCUUGUAAUAUAUAUUUAUCAUUGUAUCAUUGUAAAUAAAAUUACAUACUUUAUUCUUUUUAAA